GGCAGGGGGCGGCAUGUGAGCGCCAGAGGGCAGGGAUUUCACGGAAAUGAAAGUGGAAGCAAACAGCCUGCGAGCAGAACCUCCUGAGGUGUUCGGGUCCUGUUGGGGCUGGGAGAGACCAAAGCCCUUCGUGGGGGCGGGUACAAACAAGAGUUAAGUUGUGGUGGAUUCUGCCAGUGUGCCCAGCUCUGAGGCCUCAGCUCUUGCCAAACAGACCCAAGACCCAUGUCAGCCCCGCUGAAUGCCGCCCUCCACGCCCUUCAGGAGGAGCAGGCCAGACUCAAGAUGAGGCUGCAGGAGCUGCAGGAGCUGCAGCAGCUGAGAAAGGAGCUCGGGGACUCCCCCAAAGACAAGGUCCCAUUUUCAGUGCCGGAGAUCCCCCUGGUGUUCCGAGGACACACCCAGCAGGACAGGGAAGUGCCUAAGUCUUUAGUUUCCAAUUUGCGGAUCCACUGCCCUCUGCUUGAGGGCUCUGCUCUGAUCACCUUUGAUGACCCCAAAGUGGCUGAGCAGGUGCUGCAACAAAAGGAGCACACGAUCAACAUGGAGGAGUGCCGGCUGCGGAUGCAGGCCCAGCCCUUGGAGCUGCCCAUGGUCACCACCAUCCAGGUGUCCAGCCAGUUGAGUGGCCAGAGGGUGUUGGUCAGUGGAUUUCCUGCCAGUCUCAGGCUGAGUGAGGAGGAGCUGCUGGACAAGCUUGAGAUCUUCUUUGGCAAGGCUAGGAACGGAGGUGGCGAUGUGGAGGUUCGGGAGCUGCUGCAAGGGAGUGUCAUGCUGGGGUUUGCUACGGAUGGAGUGGCCCAGCGCCUGUGCCGGAUUGGCCAGUUCAGAGUGCCACUGGGUGGACAGCAGGUCCCUCUGAGAGUCUCUCCCUAUGUGAAUGGGGAGAUCCAGAAUGUUGAGAUCAGGUUGCAGCCAGUUCCCCGCUCAGUGCUGGUGCUCAACAUUCCCGAUAUCUUGGACGGCCCAGAGCUGCACGACGUCCUGGAGGUCCACUUCCAGAAGCCCACCCGUGGGGGUGGGGAGAUAGAGGCCCUGACAGUCGUAUCCCAAGGACAGCAGGGCCUAGCAGUCUUCACCUCUGAGUCAGGGUAAGGGCCUCCCCUUCUCAUCCUCCCCACCCCACGGCCAAGGCUCUCACACGGGGCUGGGCUUGGGUGCCCAUGUAGGUCUUUACGUUCACCAACAGGGAGGGAUCACACAUUGUGAAACACUUUGCCCGGAACAGUAAAAAGAGCCUGCACUCCA